AUGUCUACCUACAUGAAAAGUCCACUUCCUCACACAUCUCUCUCUCUCUCUCUCUCUCUCUCUCUCUCUUCCCACCCUUUUAUUAAACCACAAAUUCUUUCACUUUCUUUCAAUGCCUUCUUUCUUUCUUUUUCACACCUUCUUUCUUUUUCUUUCACAGUCCUCUUUCUUUCUUUCUUUCACGCCUUCUUUCUUUCUUUCUUUCUUUUUUCAUGUCUCCUUUCUUUCUUUCACACCUUCUUUCUUUCUUUUUUCACACCUUUCUUUUUCUUUCACGUUCUCUUUCUUUCUUUCUUUCACGCCUUCUUUCUUUCUUUCUUUCUUUUUUCAUGUCUCCUUUCUUUCUUUCACCUUCUUUCUUUCUUUUUUUUUCACACCUUUCUUUUUCUUUCACGUUCUCUUUCUUUCUUUCUUUCACGCCUUCUUUCUUUCUUUCUUUCUUUUUUCAUGUCUCCUUUCUUUCUUUCACACCUCCUUUCUUUCUUUCACGCCUUUUUCUCUCUUUCACACCUUCUUUCUUUCUUUUUUCUUUCACACCUUCUUUUUUUCUUUCUUUCAAGCCUUCUUUCCUUUUUCACGUUUUCUUUCUUUCUCUCUUUCUUUCACACUUUCUUUCUUUAUUUAUUUCAUUCAAUCAAGCCUCCUUUCUUUCUUUUUUUCUUUCACGCCUUCCUCCUUUUACGCUUUUCUUUCUUCCUUUUUCGUUUCAUAGCGUGUUUGAUGCUUUUCUUUCCUUAUUAG